AUGCCUCCCAAGACUCAUCAAAGCACGCGCCAGGUCUACCUCCUGCCUCUGACCGACGCGGGAGCUCCAGAUGUGCCAAACGAGUACAUCUACUUGCCUGCGCCGACCGAGCCAGCCUACUACUUGAGGUUUGCCAUUGAAGGUACUAGCUCGAUAUGUCGUCAAGGCAGUCUCUGGGUCAAUUUUCCCUUGAACGAUCAGCCCUUCGAUCGAAAACGGUACCAUGAGUUCAAGCUGCACCCGGAUUUCAAUCGCACUCUCGAGAUUGACAUCCCCAUCACCUCUGCCGGCGCAUUUUCUUUCUACACCACUUACACUCCUCUGCCCGAGUUCUCUACGUCUGACGUCGAACCUCCUAAGCCUACCCGCACUCCUACCUACUAUGUCGAUAUCGAGCCCAAACUGUACCUGGGUGGCGGCACCUUGCCUCUCGAUGCUCUGGGCAUCUUCUCGGUCGUCUCAAAAUUCAUGGGCAAAUACCCUGAAGACUGGGACAAGCAUCUCAGAGGGAUCAGUGCAAGAGGCUACAACAUGGUUCAUUUUACACCGCUGCAAACCAGGGGCGAGUCCAACUCGCCCUACAGUCUGUACGAUCAGUUGGCUUUUGAUCCGGAACUCUUCCCGGGCGGCGAGGACGACGUCGCGAAGAUGAUCAAGUCUAUGGAAGACACACACGAACUUCUUGGGCUGACUGACGUCGUCUUCAACCACACGGCCAACAACAGCAAGUGGUUGGAGGAGCAUCCCGAAGCAGGCUACAAUGUCGAGACUGCUCCUUGGCUGGAGUCUGCCCUGGAAGUGAACAACCGUCUCCUCGAGUAUAGUGACAAACUCGAGUCGCUAGGAUUCGCCACUGAGUUCAAGAAUGCGGAUGAUCUGAACAAGGCCGUGGAUGGUAUCAGACCACACGUCAUCGAAAAAAUCCGCCUUUGGGAGUACUUCGUCUGCGACGUCAAGGCUGAUGCUCAAGCGACGAUUGAUGCCUGGAAGCAAGGUGCCGUCACACUGCCUGCUGAAGGCUUUGAAAAUGCCAUUGGUGGUGGGCUUGACACGGUCAAAUCCUGGAAUCUCCGUCAAAAGGCCGCUUUCCUUCAUGACAAGGGCAUGCUCAAUGGCCUUCGCAUUGACGGCCGCUUCUCGCGAAAGGUCAACCCUGAAAUCGCUGCUGCCAUUCUGACCGCCCUGUUCGGGCGGUACGAAGACGGCGCAAAUACAAACGCUGCAACCGACGAGAUCACAGCCAUCCUCAAUGAGCUGAAUGUCCCCUUCUACCAAGAGUUCAAUGAUGACUCCGCUGCUAUCAUAGAACAGACCAGAGGCAGACUCCAGUACACAAGGAUGGACCCCAAUGGUCCCAGACUGGGCCCUAUCACCAAAGAGAACCCGCUGAUUGAGACCUAUUUUGUUCAGCUACCCGAAAACGAGACCACCAAAAAGCAUAACCCACGAGCUUUAUACCUGGCUGUCAACGGCUGGAUCUGGGCCGCUGACGCCAUGAAGGACAAUGCUGGUCCGGACUGGCGGCCUUACCUCAGAAGAGAACUCAUUCCCUGGAGUGAUUGUGUCAAACUGAGAUAUGGCAAAGGCCCCGAGGACAAUCCUUACCUCUGGGAACACAUGACGAAAUACGUUCGAUUGAUGGCCAAAUACUUCACCGCUUUCCGCAUCGACAAUUGUCAUUCUACCCCAAUUCAUGUUGCUGAAUACCUGUUGGACGAAGCACGGAAAGUCCAGCCCAACCUGGCUGUCUUCGCUGAGUUGUUUACUGGCAACGAACAGAUGGAUUACGUCUUUGUGAAGCGUUUGGGACUGAGCGCCCUCAUCCGUGAAGCCAUGCAGGCCUGGAGCACGCAAGAAUUGAGCCGCAUCGUGCAUCGCCACUGCGGUCGACCCAUUGGCAGCUUUGAAAUCAACGUCCCCUCCAGAUCAGCCAACAAGCCCACAGACAACCCUGUUAACGGCAGUGGCCCGCAGACCAAAGAAGUCGUGAAGCACAUCAGGGAGUCUCCGGUCCACGCAUUGUUCAUGGAUUGCACUCAUGACAAUGAGAUGCCGGCUCAGAAACGAGAUGCCAGAGAUACUCUCCCCACGGCUGCGUUGGUCAAUAUGUGUGCGUGUGCCACAGGCAGCGUCAUGGGUUUCGAUGAGAUCUAUCCCAAGCUUGUCGAGAUUGUGCACGAGGACCGAAAGUACACUUCCAUCAGCUCGGAGGGCGAAGUCCAUACUGGUGCUGGUGAGGGUGGCAUAGCCGGUGUCAAGAAACUGAUGAACCACAUCCACACCAUGAUGGGCAAGGACGGUUAUGACGAAACCUUCCUGCAUCACGAAGGCGAACUCAUCACGCUUCAUCGAGUUCAUCCAGAUUCUCGAAAAGGCUACUUCCUGAUUGCCCACACGGCGUUCCCCGGCUAUGGGAAUGGCAACGGUGGCCUGAGUCCUGUCCAUUUGGCUGGUACAAAGGCACGGCCCCUUGGUGCUUGGGUUCUCGAAGUUGACCAAAGUGAGCAAGCGAAGAAAGCUGCCUUGGAGGACAGCGAAUACCUCGUCGGUCUGCCAGCACGAGUCAGAAACAUCAAGGGCAGCACCAUUACUCAUGAGAAUGGUGAUACCACCAUCACCGUGGCCGACUUCUUCCCGCCUGGCUCCAUCGCACUCUUUGAGACCUGGGUUCCUUCUGCCGAGCACUCUCAAGGCCUCGGGACGUUUAUUUCCAGCGGAACCGACGAAGCCUUUGGCGGCCUUGAUCUCAUUGACUUGAACUUUGUUCUGUACCGGUCGGAUGCCGAGGAGCGUGAUCUCAGCGAUGGCCAAGACGGUGUUUACAACAUCCCUGGCUAUGGUCCAUUAGUCUACGCCGGUCUUCAGGGCUGGUGGAGUGUCAUUGAACCAAUCGUCAGACGGAAUGACCUCGGUCACCCGCUUUGCAAUCAUCUCCGCCAAGGCCAAUGGGCCCUGGAUUUCCUGGUCGGGCGCAUGGAGAGAAUCUCGAAACAGGAGGGCUUCUCUCGACUGCUGAAACCCGCCCAGUGGCUGAAAGAACGAUUCGACGCAGUUCGGACGAUACCAAGCUUCCUCCUGCCACGUUACUUCGCUCUGAUCUGCCAGAUUGCCUACAAUGCGGCAGUCAAGCGAGCCGUCGAACUGAUGAGUCCGAACAUUCAGCAUGGCCAGAAUUUCCUGCAAAGCCUGGCACUGGUCAGCAUUCAACAAACCGGAUACGUCAAGUCUGCAUCAUUGUGGCCUGAGAAACGUGUACCGUCACUGGCUGCUGGAUUGCCGCACUUUGCUGUAUCCUGGGCCAGAUGUUGGGGCCGAGACGUCUUCAUUUCGCUGCGUGGCUUGUUCCUGUGCACAGGUCGAUUUGAAGAGGCAAAGGAGCACAUCAAGGCCUUCGGCAGCGUCUUGAAGCACGGCUUGAUCCCCAAUCUACUGAGCAGCGGCGCGGCGCCGAGAUACAACUCGCGAGAUUCGCCUUGGUUCUUCCUGCAAAAUAUUCAGGACUACUCGAAGAUUGCGCCUGAUGGAGCCGAGAUCCUGAAGAUGAAGGUCCCGCGUCGCUUCUUGCCCUACGAUGACACAUGGUUCCCGUGGGAUGAUCCGCGGGCGUACUCCAAGGAGUCGACUGUCGAGGAAAUCGUCCAGGAAAUUCUCCAGCGGCAUGCGUCCGGCCUGUCUUUCAGAGAAUACAAUGCUGGUCCUGAGCUCGACAUGCAAAUGAGACCUGAAGGGUUCCAGAUUGACGUCCGCGUGGACUGGUCGACGGGGAUCAUCUUUGGUGGCAGUCAGUGGAACUGUGGCACCUGGAUGGACAAGAUGGGUGAAAGUGAGCGGGCUGGCAGUAAAGGAGUGCCGGGCACACCUCGAGAUGGAGCUGCCGUCGAAAUCACUGGGCUUCAUUACAGUGCCUUACGAUGGGUUGCUGACCUCCAUCAAGCCGGACAGUACCCGUGGUCUGGAGUCAAGACUGAGGCAGGCGAGGAAAUCUCCUUUAUGGAAUGGGCCAACCGCAUCAAAGCCAACUUUGAGAAGUGUUACUGGAUUCCGUUGGAUCCCAAAGACGACAUUGAGGAUGAUGUUGACCCGCGGAUUAUCAAUCGCCGGGGCAUCUACAAGGAUCUGUAUCGGUCGGGCAAAGAAUACGAAGACUACCAGCUGCGGCCCAAUUUCCCGAUUGCCAUGGUUGUCGCGCCAGAUCUGUUCACCCCCCAGCGGGCUCUGCACGCACUGAAGAUGGCGGACGACGUCCUCCGCGGCCCCACGGGGAUGGCGACGUUGGAUCCGUCGGACUUGAACUAUCGGCCAUACUACAACAACUCCGAAGACUCGACCGACUUUGCCACGUCCAAAGGAAGAAACUACCAUCAAGGACCGGAGUGGCUGUGGCCCACCGGGUUCUUUUUGCGAGCCUUGCUUUACUUUGAUCUUCAGCGACGGUCCGAUUCGGCUGGAAGAUUGGAAUCGUUCCAGCAGGUGACCAGACGUCUUGCGGGAUGCAAGCAAGCCAUCAAGGAAAGUCCUUGGAAGGGCUUGACAGAAUUGACCAACAAGAAUGGGUCAUUCUGUGCCGAUUCGGUGAGUAGAGCCCUGCGUCCCUUUUUCCCGAGCGACCACUAA